AUGAGGGCCUGCUUAGUAUUCCUGUACUUACUGGCAGCAGCACUUGCCCUGUCUGUGAAAAGUAAACCCCACGGAAAACAUCAUGGAUUGCAUAAGACUCCACAUGCAGCCAAAGAAAAGGACGUUAUCACAGAGGAGGCCAACAAGCCACAGAUCUUACCCACGUUAGUCCCGUUUGAGGCCAGCAGCCACGAGCAGGAAGAUGAGGAACUGAGCUCCGAAGACAAUGCUAAUGCUAACAAGGAGGAGGGGGGGUUUGAGGUGACUGAGAGGAGCGGCAAAAGCACCGCAGUGCUGUUGAGUGAGGAGGAACUGGUAGACCUCCUGAAGAAAGAAGCAGAGGAAGAGCAGGAAGCAGAAGAAAGAGUGCUGGAAGAAGAAGAAGUGGAGGCGGAGAGAGGCAACGUGGAGGAUGAGGAGGUGGAGGAGAAGACGCUGGACGACAAACUAGAACUGGAGGAAGGUGCUAAAGGGGCGACGGAUGAGGAAGAAGAGGUGAGGGAGGAUGCUGAGAUGCUGGAGAAAGAGGAGGAGGUGAAGGUGGAAAAGAUGAGCCUUCAGGAAAAGUCUGCAGAAAAACCAGCAGACAGAGAGGAGGAGGAGGCCUCACAGGAGGAAGCAGAGGGUAGCACAGGGUCAGAGAUCCCAGCCGAUCUGGAUUACGCUGCUGAUAGUGGCAUCUUACAGCCUCUGCAGCUUGUAUCCACUGAAAGGAAGCCCCCCAGUGAUGACACCCAGCCUGCCUCAAAACCAGAUGUUAAAGAGAAGGAAGCCAGUGAGGGAGGACUGCCCGCCAUCCCAGACGACUACGAACAAGACGUUCAAAACACAGAGGCAAUGGACGGCGAGGAAGCGUCCGAUCACGACAAAGAGCCAGAGGCCAAAUCUAAAGGGACGAGCGUCGAUAAGAAAGAACCCGAAGCAAAUGUGGACCCUCAGGAACCAAGGAGCGGUGCAGAGUUUGAGUCAGGGUCCCGAGUGGCUGGAAAGGAGGAAGAGAAAAGUAAGAACGACAGUGGAAGUCACGCCAAGGGCAAGACUAGGAAACAGAAGAAGAACCAGAGGGCAAGGAAGCACUCUCCACAGAGUGAGGAAGCACUGUCUGGACAGGAACAGAGCCAGCAGGACCCUCAGGAGCCUGAAGGCAGCAGCAUUGACAAUGCAGUCCACAAAGCAAAAAGGAGAAGGGCGGGGAAAUGGGGUCCUUUAGUAGGAAUGAAUCCAGUGCAGAUUAGAGCCACGGUGGAGCUCUACCCCAGCUCCAGGUCCUCUCUCGGUGCAGGCGCACAUCGCCCAGAGGCCCCCGCUGAUCCAUGUGACAACUUUCCCUGCAAACGUGGAAAGACGUGUAAACUUGAUGCGGACAAUAAGCCAAGCUGUGCGUGUCAAGAGCCGUCAGAGUGUCCCGCCAGCGUGAACGACUUCGAUCACGUUUGUGGGACCGACAACAAAACGUAUGACACAUCAUGUGAACUCUUCGCUACUAAAUGUAACCUGGAGGGCACAAAGCGAGGACACAGGCUGCACCUGGACUACACUGGGCCCUGCAAACUGAUACCUGCAUGUGUGGACACUGAGCUGGUCCAGUUCCCUCUGCGAAUGAGGGACUGGCUGAAGAACGUGCUGCUGCAGCUCUACGAACACGACUCCAUGUCUCCUGGCUUCCUCACUCCUAAACAGCGUUUUAGAGUGAAGAAAAUCUUUGAGAGCGAGAGGCGUCUUCAUGCUGGCGAUCACUCUGUCGAGCUGCUUGCGCAGGACUUUGAGAAGAACUACAACAUGUACAUCUACCCAGUGCACUGGCAGUUCGCUCAGCUGGACCAGCACCCCUCCGACAGGUUCUUGUCCCACUCGGAGCUGGCUCCACUUCGAGUCCCGCUGGUCCCGAUGGAGCACUGCACCUCCCGCUUCUUCCAAGAGUGCGACGCCGACAAGGACAAGCAGGUGUCCUUCAAAGAGUGGACUUCCUGUUUCGGUAUCAAGAACGAGGACAUGGAUGUCAACCAGUUAUUCUGA